CGGAUACCGUCGAAUCAGUAGUUGGGUCGGUGACGACCAGCGAAUCCUCGAUGUUGUACGUUUUCCUUUUUAAUUCUUCUUGUCUCCUUUUUUCCUAUUAUGAUAUAUUCGAAGAAGUACGCACAGUUGCAGCAAAAGAGAUGCUAUUUGUGUGUGCCGUAUAGUAGAUAUUGAACUUAACCCCUAUUCAAGGAACAAAACGCCCCUUUAUCGUGCAUAGGAGCCUGAAAAGGCGGCUAGGCUCGGACCGGUGAUGGCGAUCAUCGCCGUGUGGGGUUAGCGCCGGCUUGUGGUAUCGUGCUAGUCUCCAUACCUAGAAGUACCUCGAUUGCGGCUGAACGCGUCACAUAAUUCAGCAUCAUCUCAUCAAUUUCCACAAUUGUUGCGUCGAGGCAAUUCGUGCGGCAAAGAAUCAUGGGUACAUAGCAAUGCGACUUCUCAACACCAGCACGCUGGAAUUGAGGACAUUUGGCCAGGACAGACCCCCUUACGCGAUCUUAUCGCAUACUUGGACCCGCCAUGAACCUCCCUUCGAGGCCUUCGCGCCGCGGAAGCAUUUUUCGGCAUACAUAUCCCGUAUGAGAAAAAAGAGGAAAUAUGCUAAGAUAUUUUGGAGUUGCAAGUUGGCACGGGAUAGUGGUCUCGAUUGGAUAUGGAUUGAUACGUGCUGUAUCGAUAAAUCUAGCAGUGCCGAGCUAACCGAAGCUAUCAAUUCUAUGUACGCUUGGUACGAGGCUGCUGAGGUAUGCUUCGCGUACAUGCGCGACGUGUCGGAUAAAGACGAUCCGGUCGAUGAGGACUCUAGUUUUGCUAGAAGUAUCUGGUUUACCCGGGGCUGGACGUUGCAAGAGCUAAUUGCGCCCCGGACCGUCGAGUUCUAUAGCACGAAUUGGGUGCGCAUAGGCUCUAAGUGGGAGUACGCUGCGACCAUCGAGAAGAUCACGGGAAUCCAUCGUUCUGUUCUCAAGGAGCCGUAUUUCUCUGGUUUGAAGCGCCAGCGUCAGUAUAGCGUCGCCCAGCGCAUGUCGUGGGCGGCGAAUAGACGAACCACACGACCGGAGGAUUUGGCGUAUUCUUUGAUAGGCCUGUUUAAUAUCCAUAUGCCCCUGUUAUAUGGCGAGGGCGAGACAAACGCAUUCCUCCGGCUUCAAAGUGAGAUCGCGAAGUUGGCAAAUGAUCAGUCCCUUUUCGCUUGGGGUCGAUGGCCACUGUCGGCGAACGACAUAUCUGAGGACGCGCUUAUUGUGGGAGGCUCCCUAUAUGCACAGCAUCCAUCUCGCUUCUCGUUUAGCGGGGAUAUCAUACCCCUCCGGCGCAACGACGGUGGAUUGGCGUGGUCGUCUGAGUUUUCUCUCCCAAAUGAUGGGUAUUUGCGCAUCAGGUUGAGAGUUGCGGAGAAUACGGCGAGGCCCGACAUGCGAGAGUCACACAUCGCUUUUCUGGAAUGCGAACUUCUGCAUGAUCCAGACCGUGUCGUCGGCUUCUUCCUCCAUGAGUAUGAUAGAGUCGAGGGAAUGCCGGUUGGUGUUCACGUAUAUAAGCGUGAGUUUGCAACAUUAGCUAAAUUCCCUCGAAAGAUGGCAAUUGAUGCGCCUUUGCGGGAUGUUUUCUUGUCCUCGGUGUAUUGACAGGCAUAGUGCCCUAAGUACCUAGUAGUGUAGCUAGCUACCCGU